AAACAUCGCGGUGAAAUUAAGUACAUCGAUGAUCGAUCACGCCUAGGCGCAACGGUAAAUCCCCUCAUGAAUAUCAGAGACGUCCUUCUCCGAGCUUGUGGCAUUGGCAUUGGACGGUGGCGACGCUUGUUGAAGUUAUAGAACAAUGGGACAAAAAGUAUCCAGAACAGACUUCGAAUGGGUUGGAACUGAUGAGCCCCAUGCAACGAGAAGGAAAGAAAUACUCAAGAAGUACCCGCAGAUAAAGAAGCUGAUGGGACACGACACGAACAUCAAGUGGAUUGUGUUGGUCGCGGUGAUCGUGCAGCUCGUCUCCUGCUUCUUCAUCAGCAGCUUCUCGUGGCCCGUUGUCAUCCUCGCCGCGUACGUGUUCGGCGGCACCAUCAACCACUCUAUGAUGCUCGCCGUGCACGAGAUCUCGCACAACCUAGCGUUCGGCCACGCCUACCCACUGCGCAACCGCGCGCUCGGCAUGCUCGCCAACAGCGUCAUCGGUGUGCCGAUGUCCGUCACCUUCAAGGGCUACCACCUCGAGCACCACCGUUACCAGGGCGACGAGGUGAUGGACGGCGACCUGCCGUCGGCGCUCGAGGCGCGGCUCUUCCAGCACACGUUCACCAAGUUCAUCUGGGUGCUGCUGCAGCCGCUCUUCUACGGUCUGCGGCCCGUGCUGAUGCGUCCGAAGCCGAUGACGCCGCUGGAGCUCGUUAACCUGGUCACGCAGGUGGCGUUCAACGUCGCCAUCUGGUACUGCUUCGGCACGAAGGCGAUCGUGUACCUGCUGUCGGGCUCGCUGCUCGCGAUGGGGCUUCAUCCCGUCGCGGGGCACUUCAUCUCGGAGCACUACAUGUUCAAGAAGGGAUUCGAGACGUACUCGUACUACGGCGUGCUCAACGCCAUCACGUUCAACGUCGGCUACCACAACGAGCACCACGACUUCCCGAGCGUACCAGGGAGUCGACUGCCCGAGGUCAGGAGGAUUGCCCCAGAGUUUUAUGACAAUCUUCCAUGUCACGAUUCAUGGACCAAAGUUCUGUACGACUUCAUUUUUGAUCCGGAAAUUGGGCCCUACGCACGCGUGAAGCGACACCACCUUGUCACAAAGAAAGAAAACCUGGAUGGCCUUGACAUCCAGCUCAUAAACACACAACGAGGUAGCACGGACUUUGACGGGAUUAAGGCUGACUAGGCUCUAAUAAUAUACGUAAUAGACUUUCACCCUAAGACUCGACCUCUAAUCGGACACACACACAAAAUUGUUCCUAUAACAGAAUAUGUUCAGGGAAGUCGGAAUGAAAAGGUUCAUGGAACAUGUUUCUGAAUAACUUUAAUUCAGAUGAUUGACAACUAAGUGGGAGGUUACACAACUCAUCACGUGGACAUUUGUGGGAAUACUUGUGCAAGGCAUUCCAAGCAGUAUAAAAGCAAAUCAGAGCUUAUCAUCCAUAACCCAUGGUUGCCACGGUGUUAAAUAACAGCAAGGUUGUAAUAACCCUCCGAUUUAUAUUAAUAGGGUUUUAUGAUUAAAACUUGCCUGAGCAUGGAGUGUUUAAAUAUUGUCAAAAUUUAAAUGUAUAUAUUCGUUCAGAAUGCCUACAUUACUUACUGGAACCAAUUCGGUUGGUUUAUAGCUGAAGUUACUGUGAAUGCACACUUUCUGUGCAGUAACAAGUACAGUAAACUAUUUUAGCAUUAUUAUUGUGAAGUAAUAACGAAUAUACGUUACGAACAAGCUGUCCGAUUUCUGUUAUCUAGUCCUGUGAAACCACUCCAUUUCGAGUAGGCAUAUGCAAAUGACUGAAGAGCGAAAGAAUGUUCAACAUUAAAAAAUAAAUAAAAGUUAUAAGAAUACUUGUUGGUGUACACAAAGUAUUAUAAGAACAUAUCAUAUAUGCGAGUCAUGAAGUGAGCCAAGGAACAAGCUCAAAUGGCACACGUACACUUUCAUGUCUCAUAAUUUGAUCAUUUUAGUUUACAUUGGAAUAAUCAUAUUAUAAGCAUAUUACAAACACUGCUAUGCGGUAUUUCGUGAAUUUUUCAAACAUUAAUGCAAUUCUUGUUGGAUAGGUUGUAAUUUAUGGUGAAUGAGAAACGUCAAACUUUGCCCCUAGAUUUAUUCGUGCGAAACCAGUGGUAUAUGUGUAUGAAAAAAGGAAUAUGUGCUUUUUGAUGGUUUUAACAAAAGUGAUUUAUUGUCAAAUA